AUGGCUGACCUCCUCUCUCCCCCUCUCUCCCCCCCAGGCUUCCACCUCAGUGGCACCGUCACAGACCCGGCCUCCCCCUCCUCCCCCGAGCUGGUGUGUAGUGUCAGUGUGAGCUUCGACCGCUGUAAGAUCACGGCCGUCACCUGCUCCUGCGGCAACAAGGACAUUUUCUACUGCGCCCACGUGGUGGCGCUGUCGCUCUACCGCGUCCGCAAACCAGAGCAGGUGAAGCUGCACCUGCCCAUCUCAGAGACCCUGUUCCAGAUGAGCCGGGACCAGCUGCAGAAGUUUGUGCAGUACCUGAUCUCGGUCCAUCACACUGAGGUCCUGCCCACGGCCCAGAGACUUGCCGACGAGAUCCUGUCCCAGAACUCAGAGAUCAACCAGGUCCACGGGGCCCCGGACCCCACCGCAGGGGCCAGUGUAGACGAUGAGAACUGUUGGCACUUGGACGAGGAGCAGGUGCAGGAGCAGGUGAAGCUGUUCCUGUCCCAGGGCGGGUACCACGGCUCAGGGAAGCAGCUCAACCUGCUCUUCAGCAAGGUGAGGGAGAUGCUGAGGAUGAGAGACUCUAACGGAGCCCGGAUGCUGACGCUGAUCACGGACCAGUUCAUGUCGGACCCUCGUCUGUUGCUAUGGCGACAACAGGGGACCACCAUGACGGACAAGUACCGGCAACUAUGGGACGAGCUAGGUGCCCUGUGGAUGUGUAUAGUCCUGAACCCUCACUGUAAACCAGAACAGAAAACCAUGUGGCUUCGACAGCUGCGCAGAUGGAACUGUGUGGAUGUGUGUCCCUGGGAGGACGGUAACCACGGCAACGAGCUCACACCCAACCUCAGCCACAGCCUGCCCCAGGGCGGACACGGCCACCAAGAGUCCCGCUCUCACAGGACGGUCUUCACCAGAGCCAUAGAGGCCUGUGACCUGCACUGGAGCGACCGACACCUGCAGCACAUCAUGGCCAGUGACCUGUACGCAAACUACUGUUACCACGACAACCAGGAGGGGGCGCUGUUCGACGCCCGCGGCUGGCCCCUGUGGCACGAACACGUGCCCACAGCCUGUGCCCGUGUGGAUGCCCUCCGUUCCCAUGGUUACCCUCGGGAGGCGCUGCGUCUCGCCAUCGCCAUCGUCAACACGCUCAGGAGACACCAGCAGAGACAACUGGACCAGUUCAGGAGACACAAGAAAGAGCUGCUGCAGAAAGGCCACACCUCCAUCACCAACAUGGAGGGCUGGGUGGGCCACCCCCUGGACCCGAUCGGGACCCUGUUCAGCACCCUCACCGAGUCUGGGAGGGGGGGGGAGGAGGGCGCCCCCACCUGCCUGGACCUGUCCGGUACACCACCUUAUCACUGCUACUGCCAUGUUCUGUGUCAGACUGUUUACACAUGGACAGGGCUGACGCUAGCUGCUAACAUGCUAUAA